AUGAUUCAAAUUGCUGGGGGGGAAAAAAAGCAAAAGAGACAAUGCAAAUCUCGAAAAUGAAUUUGCGAACUAAAUUCUUACCCUAGAAAACAUUAUGAAGUCGUGAGUCAAACCUUAAUGCUACCGUAAAUAAAUAAAAAACUACAGAAACAAAAUACAUUUGUGUAUUUCCAUAAGUCAUAUUAUUUGACUGGUAUUUAGCUCCCCUCAUACAAAUAAUAUUUGAAUCAGUAGGCAAGUUAGGCUCCAAAAGCAUGCUCCCCUUUCAACCUUGAUUCGUAUCUGGUCCACAAUAAUUUCCCACUCAUCUCUCCAUUAUUUUCAUGGAAAACCCCCAAGAUCAAUCUAAAGAAAAGAAAAAUCGGCCAAUAAAAAUACAUAAACUACUUAUAUUAACCAGGCAUCCAAUCAAUUACGGGAAAAUUGGAUCCAAAUGCAAACGGAAGAUUUGUUUCUUAUUAAAAUAUUUAAUCAAAUUACGGGGAGAGAGAAUUUCAAUGAUACCAAAUGAGAAUGUACCGUCAGACCGUAAUUCCGAAGUUCUCACAAUAAAAGGGAAACAUUUCGGUGCAGGGGAAAAGCCCUAAAAGAUGCUUUUCUAGGUCACCAAGGCAGCAUAGUUUUAUUGUCGUCAUCUUGAACUAUUCUAUAAAAUUGAAAAUAAUGACGCUCCACAGGUAUCAAAAAGCUUCUCAACCAGCAAAUACGAAACAAGAUUACGAGGCUCAAACUGAUAAGUACCACACCUUCAUGAAGGCAAAUAAAAAACAUUUCUCUUUAGGCAAAAUAUAUCUUCAUAUGAUUAAAAGUUAGAUAUGAUACCUCUUCUACCAAAGAGAGUGUUUUUUUUUUUUUUUACGGUACCAUUUCCAAUAUCUCAUUCUCCACAUUAUAAUUUAUUUCAAAACAAGAAAAGAUUCCUCAAGACGUCCGUCUAUAUGAUUCAAACGAUGUGCUCCUAGAAAGUCUUAAUAAUACUUGAGAUAAUCGAGGGGCGAAUGCAAACACAACAAUUGAGUGAUGACGAAAGGAGCACAACAAUUUUUCCACUUCCACGGAGGGGGGACUAAGGCAUUAUACGAUUUCUACUCUCCCGUGUUUUUUCAAGAAAACAAAGACAAAAAAUUGGAAGUAAAAGUAACCACUGUUAGAAGACAUGCGACGGAUGGAAAAUAAGACAAACGAAGAGCAGACCAUAGGUAGCAUAGGAAGUGGCCCCAACGGCGCCGGUGAGUGUUGCUGCAACUCCGAACUUCAGAAAACCCCAAGCUCGCGACCCCUUCGCGGCAUCCGCACUCCCAGAAGUGGCAGCAGCUGAUUCGGCGGAAGAAGCGGCGGUCUGAUCCCCGAGGGCAGCGGCGCCGGAGGCGACGAUCUGCUCCUUCGAGGGAUUCGCAGAGACGGUCGGAGAGCAGAAUGGCCGCCCACCAGCCCCGCGCCUGUACAUGUGGGGUAGGAGGCGGCGGGAUCGGACCAGCCAAGACAUGACCCUCCUGAUUCCUUCUCCCCUCCUCUCACCGAUCGGGCCAACAACCGAGGAGACUUCUCAGGGUUUUAGCAAGGUUUCCGAAGCAGAGGCGAAGCUCUGGAGUGGUGGAGAUGGCAGUCGGGCAGCGGCGAGGGCAGUUAGAAAUCUCCCGUUCAUGAAGGGCGGCGUUCUCUUCUUCUUCCCACGGACAAAAAUACCCCUCUAACAUCCGCAACGAACAGCACUGAGAAUCGCAACCGGACCCGACAUCUAAAUCCGACUAUAAUCUCAUAUCCGAUUAUUUUUAUUGUUACUGUUAUUUGGGUUAGGGUCAUUCUUCUACAGAAACCAGGGGUCAAACGAUUUUGACUUUGACGGUCAAAUCACGUCCUCUUCUAAAAGACGGGGCACCCUGCGACGGUAAUCCCCGGGGCGGUGGGGCAGGAAGCCAGAGGGCAGUGAUCAAGCUGGGUCCCCCACCACCUGAGGUUGCGGCCCUCGUUCUGCAUCGCGAAGAAGAUGAGCACGCCCAUGAAGGCCGUGCCGGCGUCCAACGCCGCCGAGAGGACGUAGUUGUACCGCUGCCACCACCGCUUGUGGUAGCGAAAGACGAAGAAGUUGAAGACGGUGCCGGUGAGGAGCCAGCUCGCUAUGUUGGUGGGCGUGGCCGGCGGCAUUCCGGCGAAGCCGUAGGAGAUGACGGGGAUGUUGAUGAGGCGGAUCCACUUCUUCUCCGGGAAGCGCCAGCUCAGGGCCCAGACCGGCACGGGAAGCAGCGCGCCGACGAGGAACAGCCACACCAAGUUCCUGUAGAGCCCGCCAUGGCCGAAGAGGCGAGCGGGGCCGAUGAGGCCCCAUAUGACGGAGGCGUCGAAGGUAACCCUGUACUUGGGGCAGGUCCAGGGGCUGUCCGGGUGAAGCGCCUCGACGUCGCAUAUGUUCUCGACGCUCUCCAGCAUCCACCAGGCCACAGCGAGGUUUACGACUCCGGCGACCAGAGUCCCGACCAGCUGCAUGGCUCUCGCAUAUGUUCAGCGACGGAGAGAUAUUAG